UUCUAUGUGAUGAACGAUUUUGGUUGGAAAACAUCUUGUGGAAUAGUGAAAAUUGGCCAAGAUUCUGAAGCUUUUGAAAAAGCAAAGAAAGCUACAACUUUUGCAGUAGAUAAAUACAAUGAGAAAUCAGAGAAUUCAAAGUUGGAAUUAUUGAGAAUUAUGAAUGUUAAUUUUGAACCUACUGCUGGUGCAAUUUAUUAUAUUACUUUGGAAGUCGUGGAUUUAUCUUCUAGGAAAAUUCUUCAUUAUCAAGCUAAGGUCUGGGAAAAAAUCAACACUGGUUAUAAAGUUGAGAUUUUUCGACUUGCCCCUUAUGCGCCGAAACUCUCAGAAUGUGAAGAAGAGAAGCAUUGCUGUGUUAAGGUUAAUAAUUUGCAGGACUGGAUGGAUGAGAAUUAUCUUUAUUACAAGUGUUGUUACACAUUCAAAAAGCUUGUUUCUGUGGAGGUGAUUAGAAAUAAAGAAACUGGCAAAUCUAUGGGCUAUGGUUUUCUUUGGUUCAAAACUCACUCAAAAGCAAUGGAAUUUUUAAAGAAAAAUGAAGGAAAGCAAAUGCCAAAUUCCAGCCAGAAUUACUCAUUGGUGUUUGGAAAAUUUUGAAGGCCUGUGUUUUUAUACAUAGUCUAUUAUCCUUUUAAAGAUUAUGUUAUU